CCCUGCCCCGUGCCCUCUCCCCUCAAGGCGUGACUUGGCUACGGCUUGUUCUUACUUAUAUUUUUCUUAUUUUUCUUAAUUUUCGUAUUACCUGGCCUCGUGAGCCCCUGCAGUUUGGUGCUGAUCGUGGCUGCGUCCCUCUCCUGUUUUACCCUGACCGCCCCAGCCUCUGGGAUUUACUUGGUUGUUCGUACCUCUUGCACCCCACUAUCACCUCCUGCUAUGGCUCUUAAUUUUCCUGGAAUUUUAAGUCCUGCCUUUCUCUCUCACCAUCUUGACCUUGGCUGAGCGUUUCACAGCAGUUUAGACUGUUUAGAUAUUUUUUCCAUGUAAUGGAAGAGGUGCUUAAGCUUUCUAAUCCAAUGCAAGCAUUUUAGCUGUUUCAUCAACCCCCAUGGCUUGUAUGGGACAGCUCCCCAGCUAGAGGUGCACAACUCUUUACUGGACAGAAAUCUACUUACUAUUUUAUUAACUUAUUAAAAGGAGAUUCAGGCAUCAACCUGAAACAUUCUCAUACUUGCAGAGUAAAAAAAAAGGCACCAUCCAAAACAUGUCACUGCUAUGCAGAGUGGGUCCCUUGUGUAAACUGGUUUUACGUGGAAGAGCCGUGACCCAGUUUUUUUGCUUUGUGGAAAAAAAAAUAGCAUUAUUAAAUGAAAGCAUUAUGCAAUGCAAUGGAGAAAAAAAAAGUGCCCUUUUAAGUGUUGAAGCACAGUCCAUUUCCAUAAAACAGAAACGUUUAAAGUUUGCCGUUAUGCAUUUUAGGUUAGUGUUAGCAGAAUUGGUAUGUAUAUCGAUAUUAGAAGAAAGUGACGUUAUUUUGCAGUGGGAAGGGGGAAUACUAUGUUCUGUGUCUUCAGAAAACACAGAACCUUGACAAAACUAAUGGUUACAUAUAAAGCUCUGUUUUGAAUGAACUAUGAACAAGCAUUUUUCAAUGACAAAAUACACUUUGAAUGCUCAGUAACUCUGAGUACCUUGUUCCAUUUGCGUUUCACCAGCCAGCAAAGUUUGUCACUGAAGUGCUUCUGACACUCUGUGUUUAUACAGAGCUGGAGACAAAGCAUGGAGAACGUGUGGGGGAGCCACGGCUAGUUCCGUGACCCACAAGUACUGCAUCGGUCAUAGCUGAUGUCAGAUCAGUCUGAAUCCUUUUCCUUGUAAACCCUUAUCGAUUGCAUAAGGAUACAUUGUGCAGUCAGCCCAUUAAUUUAUCCCUGCACACACAUUUUCUAGAAUCUUUUUGCAGAGGUAAAACAGAAGUUGAAACUACUUCAUUUCCACGGACUCAGAUCUAGUGCUGGAGAGAAGCAUUGAGCUGGUCCUGUGACCAUGUUUGUAAAGGUCUGCUUGUGUGCCAUGGCAGGUCGUAUGGUUAGCGCUCAUGUGAAAGGGCUGGAAAAGCACUCAUCAGCUGACAUGUCCGGGCUCUGUUCCCAUGACAGUCACUUCAUUUGCAAAAAUGCAUGGUCAGUGCAUUCUCACUCCUCUCUGGCUGUGCUUAUUCAUCUGGUGUGUAGCAGAAGAGGCUGAGUAGAAACUGCUGAGAAAGAAUGACAAUAUUUAUUGCUGGGCAUAAAUACCUUAAGACUAAUCAUUAAAGAAUGUCCCUAAUUAUGGCAGCCCUGAGGCUAUAAUAUAAUUUAAUAGAGUACAGAAGAUCAGCAGUUGAACUGAUCUUAAGACAAGUUCAUGAAAGAAGUAUAAACAUGCUGCUUGCAAUUGUUGAGGGCAAAGAUCUCUUCCAGCCCACUGCUAUGUGGGAGAGGAUAAAAGACGGAAAGGGCUUGAAUAGAAACUAGAAGGGGCAGUGCUGAUGGUAGUGUUGGACACAGGGUGCUGGUACGCUGCCAAAAUGGUGUUACUACAGUACUGCCAGGCUCAGCUGCGGCUCAGACAUCUUCACUUAGUGGUAAAUGCAAGUCCCUUUGAUAAGGGGGUGCUGAUGUUGGUCCACGCCCUUUCUCCAAGAUAAAAACCAUCUGCAGGUGAUUACGGUUUUGUUGGUAUGUUGCAAGUUCUAAAGGUGACUGAGCUUCAGUAAUUUAUUUCAGUCCCUGAAGUUUUACGGCGUUGAAGUACUGGUGUCUUUAAAGCAGAACAGUCCCUUUAGUUAACUUCAUACAAAGACAAGACAAGCUGUGUCUUUUUCUUUGCUAUUUUACAGCAACCAGAUGAACUAUGAAACUUUACAAAAGUUGGGUUCAGGGAUUCUCGAAAAAGAACUUUGGCUUUAUCAACAAUCAGACCGUCUGCUACCCUUGUGGCAAUUACAUCCUCUUCCUGGACAUUAAAACAAAGAAGACGACAGCGCUGCAGUGUCCGACCGGCCAGGUGGGAGCCUUCGCAGUGAACGCGAGCAGCGAAGUGCUGGCCUUUUCAGACCGGAAGCUGAAUCCCCUCAUAUAUAUCUACAGCUUUCCAGAACUGAAUAAACUGACAGAAUUAAAAGGUAAUGUUCAGUUGGACUACACUGUACUUGCGUUUAGCUUCACAGGCCCUUAUCUAGCCAGUUACUCUUCAAUCCCAGAAUUUGUUCUUUCAGUAUGGAACUGGCAAGAAAAUAUCCUCCUGUGCAGUGAGUCCCAGCCAGCCAUACCAGUGACCUCGUUAAGUUUUAAUCCCAUGAAUUGGCAACAACUGUGUUCUGUUAAUGAGAGCUCUGUUACUGUCUGGCAUAUUGAAAGGAAUUAUGAUGAGCAUCACCUUAAGCGAAACCCUGUGAAACUCCCUCAUGGACAAGGGUCUCUGAAUCUUCAUGAAGAUUUGUUUUUCCCGGAUUCUGGUAACGAAGAUCCCUACCAUGGCCCUGUUAUGCCAGUUUCAGCCAUUGCCGGAUUGGUAGGAGAUGAAGCAGAAACAUUCAUGCCUAGAACUGCUAUUAAGCCUUCAGUGCAUCCUACUGCCCACUGCUGGACUGCAACCUCUGACAUUUACAUGGGCUGUAAAGAAGGAUAUAUUUUGAAAAUUGAUGCCAAGACACUCAGUGCUUGUGUUCUUCAACAAAAACCUCUACCAGAAUACAUGCGUAAAGUAUCGGACGUGGUGGCAUAUGUUCGUAGAGAAGUAUGGAAAAAAAAAGGUGGCAAACCAAGGAAUCUGCAAAGAACAGUUGUAUUUGCCAUGGCAUUUUGUAACGAGGGACUGUACACAGCUGGAAGCGAGGGUGUUUUAUUCUUUUAUCACAUCAGAGGUCUUCAGUAUGAGAUGAAAAUCUGCGCUGACAUCGUAGAACCUAUAUCCAGCCUCCUGUUCUCUCCUGAUUACACAAUACUUCUGCUUAUUACUGAUCAGGGGACAAUCUAUACUUACAAACCUGCCCGCAGUGGAGAAGCUGUCAAACUCCUGGAUGCAAGCAGCAGUUGUUUUCUGGCGGCUGAUUUUCUUCCUCCAGAGAACAAGUACUGUGUGUCUGUAACAAUUUCAGGUGAAGUACAAGUUUGGCUCCUGGAAGAUGGGACUUCUCUUAGCAAGAGAAACCUUAAUAUUGAGGCAACUGCUAUGGCUUGCUGUCCUUCCUCAAACAGUGUUGCUGUAGGGACCAAAAGUGGUCAAAUAUAUUUCAUUGAUGUUACUGAUGUUGAAGCUCCACGGGUUGUUCACAGAAUUUUUCUUUCCAAAUUUCCAGUACUGUCUUUGCAUUAUGACCAGAGUGGCCAGUUCCUCAUCACUAGAGCUACAGAAGAACAUAUCUUUAUUCUAGAUGCCCGGCCUUCAAAAUUAUUCCAGGUUCUUGGAUAUAUAGUGUUGGCAGAUGAAGUGCUGGGUCUCUCUGUAGUUUCUGACUUCAAGAACAACUUUGUUGAAGUAAUGGUGGUACUUAAUGUAGCAGAGGUCCAGCGAGCGAGGCUGGAAAUCUUCUGUCUGUCUUCAGCACUCACAGAAGAUAAUGAAAAGUUUGUUAAUGAACAAGGAAUGCUAAAUGCUAGUGCCAUUAAAAGGGAGCAAUAUGAUCUGGAUUACCCUUUGAGCUCAGCGGUCAGACUGAAGGAUAACACAGUGUACGGCUACUGUACCUGUGCACCUUUCAUCUGUAAAUACAAUCUCUCUGAACAGAAUAUUUUGGAAGAUCCACCAGUAUUGUUAUCAGAAAAGAGGACUCCUAGCAAUCAGUUUGGAUCAGGAUUCCUCUGCUUAUCACCCAACAGCCGAUGGCUGGCAUCAGCAGCAAAGGAUGGUGUUUUGUUCAUCUAUCAUACUUCUACUAUGGAAAUACUUGCUCAAAAGCAUUGCCACUCAUAUCAAGGAGGGGGGAUCAGAUCCGCAGUAUUUUCACUGGAUGGCAAAUUCAUCCUCGUUAAUGGCGAAACUGAUGGUGCCCUGGUGUGUCUGAAAUGGAAGAAAAUAAAGGACAUUGAAGUUAAGGAAGCUGCUUUUCAUUGGCAAUCUCUUCUUACUAUACUGAACAAGUCUAUUUCAAAUGAAAAUGCUGUGUUAAAACGUAUGGCAGAAUGGCAGUUCGAUUCAGAAUCCACAUCGGAAUCACUUCGAGAAAAGAAAUCUAAGGAGGCACCAGUUCAAUCGUCUAAUGUAGAGGUGACAGAAGAUGAAAACUUCACCAGUUUGCCUUCUGACAGUACCAGUGAAAUGACCUGGAUAGGUCAAAAAAUAAAGAAGGUCAUUAGAGAAGAGACCGAGAGGUUUGCUGACCAGAAGAAAGAACUUCAAAAGGGAAUUAAGAAGCUGCGUAAAACUAUUCAGAAAAUGCUGCAUGAAAAUGAACAGGUGCCAGACAUUGAGAAACUGGAGCAACAGGAGUUCAACCUGGAUACAGAAGAACAGGAAAGAGUGCAAGCAGAGGCUGAACAAGAAGUGGCCAGGGUGAGGGAAAAGAUUGAGAUGGAGACUUUAGCCAACUGCUACUUGCAGAAUGUCAUCAAACAUGAGUGCUGGGACUCCAUGUCUGUAAAAGGGCGUACAGUUAAGUGUUUCCAUAUAGCUUGUGAAGUGAAGAAUUAUCCUCUGAAAGAACUUAAUGAACAAGAGUUGGCAACUUUGGAGAAAGUUCUCCAGUUAAGGAAGAUUGAGGCAGCUGAUCCUAAGGUUCAGAAAAAAAAUCUUGAGACUGAGUCUGAGACUGUAUUAUCCACAGAAGAAGGAAAGAAAGCGGAGGAAGUAAUGGCUGGUGAUAGCCCAUCUUGCUGCCUGGUUGGAAGUCUGAGUUCUCAGUAUGGUGGAGACACGUCUGUGCUUUACCACCAAUUGGACUUGCACACUAGGGAGCAGAAAGUCAAUCAAAUAGUAUUACUGAAGGACAUCAUUUACAAAGUGAAAACUGCUUUUAAUAAGGAAUUUGACAUAGUUGCACGACAAAAGGAGCAGGAGAUAGCAAGAGUGAAAGAAAGAAACCUGAGGAUCCAAGAAAUCUUGGCUCAACUUGACCUCCAAGCGGAAGUGUGGGAGCCAGGUCUUACAGAUGAUGAGAUACCAGAGCAAGUACUCACUGUUCAGGAUUCAGAGAUUAAAGUUGAAAAAUACUUGACUCCACAAGAGAGAGAGAAAGCAGAAAUGCUGGCUAAGCUUGGAAUGGAAAGACGCCUUGCUGCUCUGGACAAUGAAAGACUACGUGCUCUUAAUGACAUGAUGGGUGGAGUGCUAGAAAUCCAAAAGGAAGACAUAUUAAAAAUUGAUAUUCCUCCACCUCCUUUUAUAUCCAAGCCUGAACAUGAAUGGAAUGAUCAAGAAAUGAAAAUAUUCAGAGAAUAUGAGGAAAAAGUGAAGGAGCUGAAUGAAGAAAAGGAAAAGCAUAGAAGGGCACUGGAAAAUGAAUGGAAGAAACUUGAAGCUUCCAUACAGGAAACAACACACAAUUUUGAUGAGACUGUAUGCAAGCUCUUUGAAAGAAAAGUGAAUUUAGAGAUGGUCAUCUAUCAGGAAGAACUCAAAAUAGUCAAUCUUAUUUAUUCUUUACUGUUGGAUGAAGAGAUGGACACUAGAGAAGCUGGACUUCAGCAUUUCUUUAUGAAGAAGCAGAAGGAGAAUGUCAACAUUACAAGAACAAUCCAGACUACAAAAAGGAAAAUUGAGUUUUACAGUGAUGCAUAUGAAAACGCAAUUGCUGAAGAUGAGAAUCUGGAAUGUGGUUUUAGGACGGACUUUGCUGACGUUCCUGCCGAUCUUCUUGAUGAACUUUUCCAACUUUACAAAUGUCGACCAAGGACCCCAAUGAGAAAAAUGCUCCCUGACUCCGCUAACCCAUAUGGGGAUCGUUCAGCCUCAAGUGAAGAUUACAAAGAUAUACUCACCUGUUUAAUGGAAGCCAUGGAUGAGCUGGAUAAGCCUGAGCACAUGCCUGAUGGUUUAGACCCAUCUAUAUGGGAACAGUUUUGUCAAGCAAGACGAAAUAAAAUGGAGAGUGAGCAGCUGGUAAAGUGGAAGGCCCUAAAGCUGGCGGAGAUGCAGGCCUUUCUCCAGAGAAGAAUGGAUGACGAUCAGAAGAUUAAGUCAGACAUAGAAUACAUUUCCCAAGAACUCAUUUGGCUGCAGGAGGAGAAGAUAAAAUUUCAAUUGGAUUUGACUUUCCAGUUUUUGUUAAAACAAGGACAGGUGGAAUUGGAAAGUACUGAGAUCCCAGAUUACACUGAUGCCAUUAUCAUUAAUAAGAGUGUUGUUGAAGAACUGAAUUGCAGUAUCAUGGCUCAAGGAGAAAAAAAAAUUGCUAGCAUGGUGGAGCGUAAAGACUUCUCUCGAGGGAUAUUUCUGUUGGAAUGGGAACAUAAGAAAAUGAGAAUGCAAAUAGAAGAUCUGAAACAGAAGGCUCGGGAUAUUGCAAUGCUACCAAUUUCAAAAGAUCGCCAGCUAUUCCUAACCAUGCUGAACUAUGACAGUCACAUUGCCCACCGCAUUUCAGUGAUGAAGCAGACUCUUGAUGUCAUGGAUAAGCUGCACAAGAAAAAUACGAAGAAUCGUCAGAAAAGAAUUAGAGAGUUGGCGAAGUGCAUCGCUUUAAAAGAGCAAGCAAACUAUGAGCUCAGCCUUCAGCUAAAGGAAAUGCUUGUGUCUGUUUCAGAAAGGAGGCAUAUCUCUCGGGCAGCUGACAUACAGCGUAUUUCUGAAAGGAAUGCAAAGCAGCGUUACCGAGAGAUUUUGAAGCAGAAAAACCUGCGGGAUCUCAUAAAGGAACAGGAAAAACAGUUUGGAAUUCUUCAGGCAGAAGCUGAAAGACUGAGAUCAAGAACAUUCCCUAUUCUUUAAAAAUCCCAGUCCUGGUAGAUGUAUAAGAAACUGCUCUUGUCUAAGACCCAGAGUUUGGACAUACACCUUUUCUCCCUGAACUCUCAACACUUUCUUCUGUAAUUUCUUUUAAAAUAAUACCAGUUGGAAAGAUGCAUGUUUAUCUGUUUCAUACAUUUUAUACCUAAUAUUAUCUGCAAUCUAUUUCGGUUCACGUGAUAUAUUUCUGCUGUUUUGGUUAUAUAAACAUAUAGUUCAUUACAGAAAAUAAAUGGAAGAUGUAAUUGCGGAAUGCAUUUCCUUAGUGUCCAAUAUGCAACUGGAGGACAUUUUGAAAUGAAGUACUGCAAGAAAGAUGUGAUUUUACAUCUACUAAUUGUUUAUCUCUUCCAUGCUUUUUCUUCCACUUCCAUAAAUUCACAUAAAAUCUGAACUUACCCCUUUCUAAGAACGUUAAUUAACUUUGAUACCUUAGGUUCAGCAAAGUUCUAUGUUUACAAGGAAGACUACUUCUGUUUUAACCUCACUACAGCUGCUUUUUUGCUUUAUCACCUGUAACUGAGGUCUCUAAGGAUUCUAAUUAUAUCUUGCCCUCUUCUUGCAACAUUUUUUUUUUCCUCCUGUUGAACCUUCCGUAGGAGAAGCAGGGGAAUUACAAAUUUCCCAAAGGUCUCAGGGAAAAGAAGUACCCUUAUCAGGAAGGCCCAUCAUCAUUUCUCAGUAAGCUAGAGAGGCAAAAAGGAAUAGUUUCUUAAUCCUCAAACUGUGAUCAGUAAUAAAGGUCACUCUUCAGUAAGUCUCAGCAGGCAGCAACAUUCAGUAUUCUUAAGAGCAAGAAUUCUUGUGACUCCAAACUUAAGUCUAAUGAGACCUAUCAGUGUUACAAUGAACUAUUUGAUCUGUGAUUUUCUUUCCGCUUGAGGUAUAUAAGAAAUUACUCCUUAUUAAGGAAAAUGGGAAAAAUAGUAUACGUACUAAACAGUUAAGGUACGGCCAAUGACAACUGUGAUUGCAUAUAAAAAAUUAUUCGCAGCAGGGAGCAUUGUAGAACAGGUAGAGAUUUACAUAUUGUUACACUAGAUAAGUGAUGAUUUUAAGGAGAAUAAAAGCUUAAGAGUCAUACCGAUAUGCCCACAGAAGUGAGAAAAUAAGCAAUUUCAAAUUAAAAUAAUUAUAGAAAAACAGUUUGAAGAGACAACGUUUAUUGGAGGAUAAAUGAAAUGCUGUUUUAUUCAGCUUUACUGCAGAAAGGUAAGCAAUGUUGUCGUUGGAAGCACUUCAUUAGACAAGGGAGCGCUUUUCUUAUACAAAGGAAA